AUUACAUAUGGCAACACCCGUGUAACUCUAAAAGUACUGCAAGCAACGUGUAGAAGAGCGCCCGACCUCGCCCCGCCGUUCAGGGUCUUCAAAUUCAGUAACUAAUAACAGCCUCAUCUGCCAAAUCCUCUCCCUCUCCCUCUCCCUCUCCCCUCUGAGCAAUGGAGAUGGCAAUAGGCUUUCACAACUGUCUCACUCCUCCUGUCUCUGCAAACCCUAGCCAUAAAUGGAGUUCUCCGUCGUUUCCAAAGCAACUCCUUGGUCUCAGGUUAUCUUCUCCACUGAUCGCAAAAGCAUCGGCGAAUCCUCUCUGGAAGCGCUCAUUCCGAACUUCAGUCUGCUGCUCCGUCUCCGGAGCCACAGAAACCGUUCCUGAGAAAAAGAGCCAGCUAACAAGGAGAAGAGAUAUAAGGAAUAUUGCUAUUGUUGCUCAUGUAGAUCAUGGAAAAACAACUUUGGUAGAUGCAAUGUUGAAGCAAGCAAAGGUAUUUCGUGAAAACCAAUUUGUACAAGAACGGAUAAUGGAUUCAAAUGAUCUUGAACGUGAAAGAGGAAUUACAAUACUUAGCAAAAACACAUCAAUCUCUUAUAAGGAUACAAAAAUAAAUAUAAUCGAUACUCCAGGUCAUGCAGACUUUGGGGGUGAAGUGGAACGCAUCCUUAAUAUGGUGGAGGGGGUCCUUCUUGUGGUAGACUCUGUUGAGGGUCCUAUGCCACAAACAAGGUUUGUUUUGAAGAAAGCUUUGGAAUUUGGCCAUGCUGUUGUCGUUGUUGUCAAUAAGAUUGAUAGACCUUCUGCUCGUCCAGAUUACGUCAUCAACUCCACUUUUGAACUAUUUAUUGAACUAAAUGCAACAGAUGAACAGUGUGAUUUCCAAGUGAUAUAUGCAAGUGGCAUUCAAGGAAAGGCUGGAUUAUCUCCUGAAAAUUUGGCGGAAGAUCUUGGACCGCUUUUUGAGUCUAUAGUCAGAUGCAUACCAGGACCAUGUAUCGACAAGGAUGGUGCACUGCAAAUGCUUGCUACAAAUAUUGAGUUUGAUGAACAUAAAGGACGGAUAGCCAUUGGACGCUUGCAUGCUGGAGUUUUGCAGAGAGGGAUGGACGUGAGGGUAUGCACCACAGAAGAUGCAUGUAGAUACGCAAGAAUUAGCGAGCUUUUUGUGUAUGAGAAAUUCAUUAGGGUUCCUGUGGGAAGUGUAGAAGCUGGUGAUAUCUGUGCUGUCUGCGGCAUUAAUGAUAUUCAAAUUGGAGAGACGAUAGCUGAUAAAAAUUUUGGGAAGCCAUUGCCCACCAUUAAGGUGGAAGAACCAACUGUCAAAAUGUCUUUCUCCAUCAAUACGUCACCGUUAUCGGGCCGGGAGGGAAAGUAUGUUACUAGUAGAAACCUAAGAGAUCGUCUCUACCGUGAGCUUGAGCGGAAUUUGGCUAUGAGAGUUGAAGAUGGUGAAACUGCAGAUAUAUUCAUUGUUAGUGGGCGGGGUACUUUACAUAUCACCAUACUAAUAGAAAACAUGCGAAGGGAAGGAUAUGAGUUUAUGGUUGGACCCCCUAAAGUUAUCAAUAAAAUGGUGGAUGACAAGUUGCAUGAACCUUUUGAGACUGCAACUGUGGAGGUACCAGAAGAGCACAUGGGAGCUGUUGUUGAACUUCUUGGGAAAAGACGAGGGCAAAUGUUUGAUAUGCAAGGAAUUGGGUCAGAAGGAACGACAGUACUUAAAUAUAAGAUUCCAACCCGUGGCCUUCUAGGAUUGCGAAAUGCAAUUUUAACAGCUUCUCGAGGCACAGCAAUCCUGAACACAAUAUUUGAUAGCUAUGGACCUUGGGCUGGUGAUAUUACCACUCGAGAUCAGGGUUCACUGGUUGCAUGUGAGGAUGGAAGCACUACAUCAUAUGCCCUUUCUAAUUCUCAAGAGAGGGGACAGAUGUUUGUCGGCCCGGGAGUAGAAGUUUAUAAAGGUCAAAUAGUGGGCAUCCAUCAACGGCCCGGCGACUUAUCUUUAAACGUGUGCAGGAAAAAGGCAGCAACAAAUGUGCGUUCCAACAAGGAGCAAACUGUGGUUCUUGAUACCCCAUUGGAUUACAGUUUAGAUGACUGCAUAGAGUACAUUGAAGAAGAUGAACUGGUGGAGAUCACUCCCUCGAGCAUUAGAAUGUGCAAGAAUCCCAAGCUUGCCAAGAGGAUGAGAUAAAAAUAGCCCAGGGGUAAGCAUUGCUUUGGGUCAAACCACCAAUUCACUCUUUGAUUGUUUUGGUUUCAAAGGUUCUAUUUUUGGUCACAAGUUAGAACAUGUCGAAAACCAACCCAAACCAUCAAAGCCAGGUUUAUAAGUUUAUAUAAUUUUUAAGCAUAAUUUUGGGCAUGCUCUAGGGCUCCCAAAUUUCCUUGUUUCUAGUUGUAUAAAAAACACAAAAUUAUAUAUAGUUUUUACCAUUAUAUGCUUGAUUUUUUUUUAAAUAAAGAUGAUGAGCUGCAUGAGCAGUUGCACAGA